AUGACCUAUCUUGCUCAGUUACGGCAAGACUAUAACGCGAUAAAACAGGAAUCUGAAGCAAACACCGAAUAUGCAGUGAUGACAUCGAUGGAACAAACCAGCACCAUUGACUCUGACACGUCUUCAACUCGAAAUUCGGUGAGACCGAGUCACCACCCCGGCGUUACUGGCCGCCCAAAGCCCAGCCUAGCCCACGAGGUGGAACGACAAGCUAAGCAAUGCAAACUCGAAGAUAACCAAAUGGUGAUCGAUGUGUUGCACAAGCGUCACGCCGAAGGGGAGGAGGAGAUAUCGCGCCUCUUGCGCCGUCUCCACGAGUGUACUAAGGACGUCCGCCGCCUCCAACAACAAUACCAUGACGCCGAACAACAACUUGAACAAGACACCGAGCACAUCGACCAUCUCCGCCGCCAGUUAUCGGAAUACAACGCCGAGUACGCCGCGUUGGUCAACGCUCGGUCGGCGCCCCCCUCUAUACAUAGCGAAUAA